UGGGCAGGGCCUAUGAUCAACAUACUUCCCACAGUUGCACCCCCUCGACCUGCAUUCCAAGCGCCCUCUGCUCCGGGCACUCCAUGGGUGGCUGUGCAAGCAAACCCAACGCUCAGGAAGGCCCCAACCCUGAGGCCCUUCCAGCUGAGAACCCAGCUGUCCCCGAGCAGACCGCGACCCCUGUUGAAGGUGAUGCUGCAGCUGAGGCCAAGACUGAAAAUGCUGAGGAGAGCAAGGAGGAACCAUUGGCCGAUGUCUCUGAGCCCAAACCGGAGGAAUCCACUGCUGCUGCAGGUGAGGAGCUAGCUCCCGGGAAUAGCGAGCUGAAGGCAGAGGCAUCCGUUGAGUCUUCAGAGCCAAAGGAAGCGGAGAAGGCGGAGGACGACAAGGUCGCUGAGAAGGCUGAAGAGGUUGUUGCUGAAAAGACGGAGGAGGAGGCCGAAGCCGGCGAGCACCCAUUGGAGAGCUCGAAUUGAGGGGGAGCAUUGUGAUAUGCAUUUGAGGAAGUAUCCAAUAAUGUUGCGAUUUGAGAAAAGAAGUAUGAGAUCCUAAAUUGUAUACCUUUUCAUUGCUGAAUUCUAAUUGUGGGGUAUGUUCGAUAUUUCAGGUUGGUUUAACCUUUAUAUAAAAUUUAAUCAAUAGUAGUCUUAUAUAA